UAUCAGUAUCCGAUAAUGUGCAGAUUUUACACACGCCUUAAUGUGGAGAACAGUUUCUUUUGUUGAGCGCAUAGAAGUAGAUUUUGUUGGAAAUUUAUUCAAUCAAGCAAUUCUAUUAGGAGAUGUCGACAACGAUCAGGCAAAUGAACUUAUAGUUGGAAACACAGAAGGAGAUCUUCAUAUAUUCAGAGGUACAUUCUCAUCACCAUGGAGAAAAUGCUCAGAUCUUGGCAUGUUAACCUGUAUUGGUAUUGGUGAUGUUUGUAAUAAAGGAAAGAAUACAUUACUAGCCCUGACAGCAGAGGGAUGGUGUUACUUAUUUGAAGUGGUUGCUGAAGUCAAGAAAGAUGAAAGUAAGGCAGAAACAGAAGCAGAAGAUGAAAAUAAAAUAAUAUUGAAGCCACAUUAUACUCAACAUUUACCAGCUAAUGGAAAGUCUUUGUUAAUAGCAGACGUAGACGGAGAUGGACAAAUAGAAAUAGUUGUAGCUUACUCAGAUAGAGUUGUUAGAUGUUUUAGAUGGAGACAAGAUAGUUCUAGUGAUAUGCUAGAGGCAGGAACAGGAUGUAGUACUGGUAACCUGAUACAGAUUUCUCAGUGGCAGUUGAGUGGGCAGAUAGGAUCUCUUACAGUGAAUUUAUCAGAGGAAGGCAAGCCAGAACUUCUUGUUGCACAGCCUGGUGGGACUUACGUUAAACUUUGUCUGACUGUGGUAACAGGUGGGGAGAGUCCUGGACAAAGUGAAUCUACGUUUGUGGAAGAGAGACUUGGAUCAGCCAGAAUCCGUAACAGUAUGAUUACCACUGAAAUUGUGGGAGGAAUCAACAAAGGAAAUCGAGGAAAAGCUGGAGGAGGAACAUUCUAUGCACUUUCUACACUUGAUGGAACAUUAAUAUUAAUAGAAAACAAAGAGAUUUUAUGGUCACUACAAGUGGACCAUCAACUGUUUGCUUUAACAAAGCUUGAUGUUACUGGUAAUGGUACAGAAGAAGUAGUUUGUUGUGGUUGGGAUGGACAGACCUAUAUUGUAAACCACACCAGAGAUGUUGUUAGGUACCAGUUCGAGGAAAAUGUGACAGCUUUUACAGCAGGUCUGUAUUCUGUCAAUCAGAAAGAUAAUGUUCCUAGUUUUGUGUACGCAACAUUUAAUAAUAAAAUCUUCAUCUACUACAACAUUACUCUGCCUAGGGUAGAGUCCACCAACCUGAUAGAAGUUAUGGAUAAAAUGGAGGAGACUCAUGAGCUGCUAACUAAACUAAAUAUUACAGAUCCAGAUACCAGUCAGCUAAGAGAAUUAUACCACUGGUUACUUUAUGGAUGGAAACCAGAUCUUUCUCUAGAAGAUGACAAAACCUAAAUAUAUUGUACAACUAUGUGGAAAAAUCAAAGAUUCUUGUAUAUACAAAAUCUUAACUAUU